AUUAAUGACCUGCAUCCUCAUCUCAGAGGGAGUUGAAACGGGUGCGUAAAGCCCAUGCAGGUACAGACAUUCAUGUAACAUAGUGGCACACACACUGUCUGCGUACGCACUUGCACAGCGAACGGAAUCAUUGAGGGAGGCACACGGGUUGAGGCUUGGAUUUCUCGUCUUUCCAAAUGCAAUAUGCUUCUAAUCUUAAAGACUUUGCCUUGAAUCAUAUCAGAGAGUUGCUUCAUGCUUAUUAAGUUAAGGUAAAACAGAGGCGGUUGAAUAUCUUACCCGAGCUCUCUCACAUUUGAACAAGGACAUAGACCACGCGUAAAACCUUGACAGGACACUGGGCAACAUUUUGAGUCUGAGAACAAUUUAAAUAGAAGGGGUUUUAUUCUAGAUUCUGGUUAACGACCGGUGAAUUUUUGUUUCUUUAGGAACGGAAAAUCUGCAACGCAUCAAACGCGCACUGCCAAAGUGCACGUGGAUUUUUUUUUACACUGUAACAAGAAGGAACGUUGUUGCAAUUUCACAAUUGUGGAAAUUCAAAGCAACUAUUUGCAAGGGGUUCUACAAGUAUGUAUGAUUUCAACAUGUUUGUAGUACUAGAUUCCCAUGAUCUGGACCUCCGUUAGAAUUGUAGAGAUCUGUGCAGUGAAGUAGCCUAGUUUUGUGUGUGAGAACCUUUUUUCUCUUCUUAUUGGAGUAUUUCAAACACGCAUAUACCCUGGUAUGUUGAUGACACUCUUCCUUUACCAAUGAUGUCAAAUCUCGGAUUUUAAGAAUUUCAGAGAAUGGUCAAUGAUCGAUGGACAAUCAUGAACAGUGUGUCAGAACUCGAAGAUGGACAACAGCAUAAAUCGCAGAGGAUGGGCUGUAGCUACUUCCUGUGCACCAUUCUGUUCUUUGUGGCUGUCCUCCUGGCCAUCAUGGCAACGGGUACCAUCCUACUCAUGAACCACUACCAAGCUCCACCUCCCGGCACCAACGACGGCCCCCCACUCAUCUCCACCAACCACGACGAGGGCAAUGCCCUGGUGACGGUCGAGCGGGGCGAUGGUUCGCGCAUCAACAUCUUCAUCGACCCCAACUGCCCCGACUACAACAACAACUUCAUGCGGAUGGAGGCCGUGCAGACGUCGCUGCUCCAUUCACUGACCGACCAUGACACGGACCUGAAGUCAGUGAAGGGCCAGGACCGAGCCCUGCUGGUGAAGCUGGCUGAGGAGGUGGCCAAGCUAUCGGGCCAUGCCAGCCAGCUUAAGUUGGAGUACGAAUCUCUGAGGCGAGGCCAGGGGAACCUGGGACAAGAGCUCAACACUCUGCAGACGGAGCAAGGUCGUCUUAUACAGCUGCUGUCCGAGAGCCAGAUCAACAUGGUGAAGGUGGUGAACUCCGUGAGUGAUACACUCAACUCUAUGCAGAAGGAGACGGGGAACCUGAAGAGCAAGCUGAAGGCAGACCUCCAGAGAGCACCUGUCCGUAGUACUCGGCCCAAAGGCUGCUCCAAUGGCUCAAGACCUCGGGACUGCAGUGAUAUCUUCACCAGUGGCCAGCGAGAGGAUGGGAUCUACUCUGUCUUUCCCACACACUACCCUGCUGGCUUCCAGGUCUUCUGUGACAUGACAACGGAUGGAGGAGGAUGGACGGUCAUUCAGCGCAGAGAGGAUGGCGCAGUGAACUUCUUCCGAGCAUGGGACGCAUACCGCAACGGCUUCGGCAAGAUUACUGGAGAGCACUGGCUUGGUUUGAAGAGGAUGCAUGCCCUGACCACCCAAGCCAACUACGAGCUGCGCAUUGACCUGGAGGACUUUGAGAACAGCACAGCCUUCGCCCAGUAUGGAGCUUUUGGAGUGGGACUGUUCUCCGUUGACCCGGAUGACGAUGGAUACCCGCUGACUAUUGCUGAUUACUCUGGCACUGCAGGUGACUCAAUGCUCAAACACAACGGGAUGAAAUUCACCACCAAGGACCAAGAUAACGACCACUCGGAGAACAACUGUGCCUCCUUCUACCACGGUGCCUGGUGGUACCGCAACUGCCACACGUCCAACCUGAAUGGACAGUACCUGCGUGGGCCGCAUACCUCCUACGCCGACGGCAUCGAGUGGUCCUCCUGGACGGGCUGGCAGUACUCCCUUAAAUUCACUGAGAUGAAGAUUAGAGCCACGACAGAGGAGAACAAAUGAGAGGGAACCGAUAGCACAAGAAACAGUAGAUGGAUGGACUUAGGCGUUAUUAAAGACACUCGACCUGCCGAAAAUUAGAAUAAGGACUCUGAACCUUAAUCUGCUCGUACUGUAACCCCUGUCCAAAAACAUUCUUAAUCCCCUCCAAACGUCGACCAUUUUGUGGUGUUGUGUUGAAACCUCCAAGGUUUUGUAACCUUUUGCAGCUUCUUGCUGAUCUGAUCAUGUUUCUAAGAAUUAUUUUAAAAAAUAAUGCAGGCAAUGUCAGAACCACAGUAUUGUUGUGCUUUUAAAAGGAAAGCUGUGGAAUUUUGAAAUAUGAAAUGUUAGGAUUUUUCUCAUUCUCUUAAGUGAAAUUGAAUUGAAUGAAUUGAGUUUCCGACAAUUUAUUUGGGUUGUCCCAGCUGCUUGUAUGUACAGUUAACUUUGCAUCUGACAGCAGUCUGAGUUCUCCUAAGUGUUACGCAGGGGGUUCAGUGAACCACGCUCACGAGAUGAGGAACCCUGCUUGAGACCUGAAUACGUGUGAUAGGUCCCUGAGCUAACGCUCAGACUUUAGCUCAGUAGGUUAACACUGUCUUGAGACAUGCAAGAGACACAGGUUUGAACCCCAGUCAGUUACAUGAUCUUGUGGUUUACCCCUAGCUCCUUUUUGACCCCUAGACAUACCUUGUACAGAUCAUGUGUCAGUCCAGUGCCCCAGUAAGACACAUUCAUGACAAAGCAUUAUAUCAGUCAGACAGGGGUUUUAAAGCCAACCCAAUCACUUCACAAAAGGCAGCCUUGCCUUUUACAUAACAUUUACAAAUACAAUGAUCCCACAAGAGUGGCUUUGAGCAACAUGCAUGUGUGACCUGUUACAAUGAAAGUAGAGAGAAUGAAGAGAAUACGUGAAAGGGCUGGGCCAGCGGUGUGCCAAUUAUAAUCAGAGGCCUGGAUCUGUGUAGCCUUCCAGUUGUUGGUGGAAACCUCAGACAGUAGGUUCUAACCUAAAAAUUCAUCUCCUCUGAGAGCCAAGUCUAUUCACUGAUAUGCUAUCUUAACUCAAAUUAGUCCUUUCAAUAUACUGGAUUUUGCUUACUCCUGAAGCCUUCUAGUCUGUCAUCUUCAGUGUGUGUGUAUCGGAGAUGAUUGAUAAAGUCAGGCAAACGGUGUUCUUUACUCAGUCAGAGUACCAAAAAUUGAGAUUCCCCUAUGGGCAACCAAAGUUUUUUUUAAAUACGAAAACAUUGUGACAUAACACAACAACAGCUGGUAAUUCAUUCCCUGCAAAAAGCAGCCUUUUCAUCUGCCCAGAUGUUGAAUGACAUUGUGUCACUGGUACAGUAUGAGUGUAUGUCUUUCUCAUUAUUUACCGUGAUAUGAUAUAGUGUUCGAUACCUUGGAGGCAGCAGACAGUUGUACAUCUGUGUAGUUUCCAGACCUGGGUUCAAAUACAUUUGUAUCUGCUAUUAAAAAUGCCCUUUAUUGUGUAUUUGAGAAUUUCUAAAAAUACAGCCUGGAACACUAUUUGAAACCCUUUUCAAAUAUAUUUUCAGCAAACAUAUUUCAAAUACUCUGCUCUAAAUGUUUAGCAAAAGCCAGAUGUUUAUAUACAAUCCUAUGAAUAUAUGUUCUAAGUAAAUCGAUCAAUUAAUUGCUCAAAGGGACUUCACCCUCAAUGGCCAUACUUUCAGAUAGGAGAUUGUAGAUUUUGGCCACCAGAUGGAAGCAGUGUGUGUGCAAAGGUUAAGACUGAUCCAGUGGAGAAUUACAUUACUGCAUCCUAUUUUGUAUCAAGUCUGCCAGGAGUUUGCCCAAAUAUGGCAAAUUGGUCAGUUGCUACAUUUUAUCUCUGGGACCCUCAGGAUGACAAAUCAGAGCAAGAUGACUGUAAGUACAUUAUUUACCUUCAGAGGUGAAUGUAUCAAACCAGUUGCCGUGAUAUGUUUUUUUGUUAUUGUGUACUCCUCAAACGGUAGCAUGGUAUUUGUUCACUGUAAUAGCUACUGUUAAUUGGACACUACAGUUAGAUUUACAAUACUUUAAACUUUCUCCCCAUAUAAGACAUGUCUAUGUCCCAGGAAAGUUGGCUGUUGGAUACAACGUCAUUCUCGUCACAUUAGCAACAACCACUCCGGUUUAGAGACACCUAUCCUGUAGAGGUUAAACUGCUGAGGGAUGGGUGCUGGUGAAAUGUUAUCAAAAAGAACAAAGAUAUUGAGGAUUACCUAAUCACCCAAUAUCUUCCACCAACUACUGAUCCUCUGAAAUUCUGGAAAACACACAGUCACACACACCCAACACUGAGCAGAGUUGCUGCUGAGUACUUACAUGUCCCAGCAUCCUCCGCAGCUGUGGAGCGGCAUUUUAGCAUUGAAAGGCGCAUCUUCAGACCAGAUCGCUGCUCAAUGUCCGACAAGCUUUUUGAAACCCUGCUGUUUUUUAAAUGUAACAUGGCAUCUUGCCAUCUUUCAUGAGACACCAACGUAAGGUAGCCUAGUGGUUAGCGUAUUGGACGAGUAACCCAAAGGUUGCAAGAUGGAAGAUCAGCUCCCUGAGCUGACAAGGUACAAAUCUGGUGUUCUGCCCCUGAACAUGGCAGUUAACCCACUGUUCCUGGGCUGUCAUUGAAAAUAAUAAUUUGUUCUUAAUAACUGACUUGCCUAGUUAAAUAAAGGUAAAAUAAAUAGUGUGAUCAAAAAGUGAAGUAAGACUCAUACAUGUAAUAUCUAAAUACUUGUUUUGUAAAGCAAUUGAAAUACCUGAAAUCGUAUUUGAACCGAGAUCUGGUGGUGCCUAUAAAAGUCAGAGUGACAAAUGGUUGUUACAAAGUAGAAAUGGCACAUUGAGGCUCACAACUUGGAGUCAAUAUUGAGACAACAUUGUGUGGUGUGUUUGCCGGGAAUGUGGUGGUCUCCUAUGCAUUUUGUAUUUAUGUUUAAUUUACUGUUUGUUUUUGUCAUGAUGCGGCUAGUCUUUCCAUUUAAAGGUUGAGUGAAAAUAUUGCUUAUAUGGUGAUAGGUAGAGAGGUCUGUUUAAGUUAGGCUGAAACACACUUAAAGUGAGAUUUUAAUGUUGGUAUUAUUAUGAGUGUGUUUAUAAUGGUAAGCUGUUGUUGUAAAAGAUCCCUCAGUCCAAUAUGAGCACUUAAUAAUCAGAUCUUCUGAUUGACAUUCAGUGUACUUUCUAUGUUUUUGUCUCAAAAUGAAUAAAACAAGAAAACAUUGUGUUUAGAUGUGUAAAGUUGUCUCAUCACAGUAUUUUCAAAUAAAGGUAUUACAUUUUACAUUUACAUUUAAGUCAUUUAGCAGACGCUCUUAUCCAUAAGAACUAACAUUUAUCACUUUACAAACUUACUUUUUAAUUUC